AUGAAGCCAAUCGUGUUAAUCGUUACUGUCCUCCUGGCGAGCUGUAUAUGUUCAUCGAAUGCAGGUAUGUGGGUUUUUAAGCCACUUUAUUGAUAUAUUUUUCCUCGCAAAUAUCGAGAAGUAUAUAUAAAGACGAGUCUGAAAAUGCAUUAGAAAUAGGCCUUGAACGAUUUUCUCUGUAGCAGAUCUCCUGCUUUAUUUUACUCUUUCCUACACAAGACAAUUUUACUCUGCGUUAACCUUGAAAUGCCAGACUAUUUUGGAAAUGGACACAUAAAGGAAAUAGGCACGUUUACCUUGACUGUAUUUAACGGAAAUGCUUUAUGUGUAUUGCACUGUUGUUAAAAGUUUUGCGUUGAAAAUCAUAUAGUUGUGAUAACGGUUUAUGUACUUUAGACUGUUAAUUGUUAUCUAUUUAAAAUGUCUUACGUUAAAAUUCUCAAUGGCAUCUUACACUCCUUACAUUGGAUUUCAACAUGCUGUUGAUAUAUUGAGUUUUUCCUUUCAGAUGAAUGUGCUGGAAAAGAUAAAGUAGCCAAAUUGGCACCUUUGCACCACAUAAUCGAAUUUGGUAAAAGAAGUAAAGUUGAGGGAAAAGGAUGUAAACAUUCUCCAGCCUCUAAAACCUCAGGUCCUAUCCUAGGACUACAUGGUCUUCUUCAUGCAAGAUCUCAGUCGAAAAACAAACAAAAUGCAACUGAAGGAAAGAAUAAAGUUUCUUCACCCCAAAACAUUACCUUUGAAAAAACAAAGACCGAAGCAGGGUCGAAAAGAACCAAUGCUGAGUUACACAAGCUUCAACUUAGAGCAGAGACCAUCAGCAUGUUGCAUAAGAUUGUUGAGAAAUACUUCCCUGGAGGACAUCUCACUGUCGAUCAAAAAAUUAAAGCUUUAAGGAUUCUUGGAAAAUUAAUAAAACUUAAGAAAGAGGGGAAGAACUCAGACAUCAAAAAAUUAUUGGGAGCGCUGUCUAUUCAUAACCAUAAACAAAGCGAUGGAAGUUCUAGCAACUCAGAUGUUUUCAAAGUAAAAAAGAAACCUGUCAAGAACGAAGAGUCCGGGAAAAAGGACAACACUGAUCAAAGCGGUGGUGAUGAUAUUUAUGCAAAUAUAGCCAGUGGUCCAGACGUUCCAAAGUUACCACCGUCAGUUAGUGGGAAAGAUCCUGAUCAUGCCCACUCCAAUAUUAUGCCUGUUGGUCUUCGACCAUUGGGCGGAGGAAGAGCUGGUGAGUUUUGAACUUUAAGGUGUUUAUUCCCAGCUUUAUGAAUACAAAGUUCCGAAUUUGCAGGGUACUAUCUGCACAUAAUAAGGGAACCUUUUUAAGUUCACGAUAAUUUAGGUUUAAUAGGAAAUACGUUUACUAGGUUUGGCUGAGCAUUCUUGAGGUGGUGGAAAUCAAUCCUUUUUCUAGGACUCCGGAAUAUUCAAUAAACUAGUUUAAACUCGUUUACAAGUUUCUUUAAUACGUCCACCUCUGUUCAUGGAGUAGUUAACCUGAAAUUGUUUCGUUAUUUUUUUAUUUCAGGAUAGAAAGUAGGGGGAGGUAGAUUAAAUCUUUAAUUUUCAACUUUAUCUACACUGCAUGUGUAGGAGAGCACGUGCACCAGAAACAUCACCAUUGCACUAACACGCACUUCCAAAACGAAGCAAAGGACAAGCAACUCAUUUAGGUUUUUGUGUUACUACAAUACUACAACGAGCUGCAACAGAUAAUUUAUGUUAUUAAUAAUAUGACAUUCUGGUUGGUUUAUCAAACUUGUUGUUUAAUUUUCCCAUUUCAAUUCCUACACUACACUUUCUAUGCAGCUAAAAUCUCUCGGGGCAAUAUUUAUGGCAAACAUUUCGAACGAGUAUAUCCACAUCACUUCAUAGGUUGGUCAAUGGAACCGAUUUUUCUAGCCCUGUAGCUUAAAUAAUUUUGUUUUUAAUUGGUAAAUAAGAUUGUGCAGAUUUAAAUCUGCCCUGACGAGAACUGUCGAUUUUUUACCACAUUUGAAUAUACAGUAUUCAAUUUAUUGAAAAUUAUUAAUUUAGGUGAAAUGAUGAGUACAAUAACUCGUCCAAAUGACAUCAGCGACGACCUAAAUGAUAGAAUAUCCAGUUACCAAACCCCACUUGGUAAUUCGCAAGGUACUAUGGGAUUGGGACAGAUUUACCACAAUGGGAACAAUUUUCAAGGAAAUGGGAUAGGCAUGUCAAGUAUGGCAAACAUGAUGGAUGGACAAGGGUAUGUGCGCAGUCGAAUGCCAUAUCCUAGGAGAAGGUAUCGUGGCAGAGAUUGGCUAAACGCUGGAGGUCGUUAUUAUGGUGAUGACGAUGAAGACAACGACGAUGAAGAGGAUGACGACGAUGAUGAGGAUGAUGAUGACGGCGAAGAAGAAGAACAGGGUAGAGCAAGGUCAUAUGUUAAUCGACACCGUUUCUAUAAUGAUAAUGAUAAUGAUAAUAACGACGAUGAGGAUGGUUAUGGUGAAGAAAUUGAAUACACUCGUCGUUUUGACAGAAAGGACAAGAUUGCCAAAAGUCCGACGAAAUCGAAAGAGAAAUCGCCGAUUGCCAAGUUAAAAGCUGAAAAGUAAUAUACUAUCCGAAUCUACAGUAUGCCCAUUUGUAAAUUUCCAUCUUUUAUACUGCACUGCACUGCACUGCACUGCACUGCACUGCACUGCACUGCACUGCACUGCACUG